AUGGCGACCACCCAAUCUCACGGUACUCGAUCAAGGCGCACCUCGAACAACCUCGGGGGUGAAUUAAGAGGAGAUACCGGGGCGAACGCUUUAUCUACCCUUGAGCCUACGCCCAGCUUUCUUCCCUCCCCUCCACUAUCCCCCAGACCAUCCCAGACAAGAGCUCCCCGCCGCUCAAAGAGACGGAAAGUCCGCUCCGCAUUUCGACGAUGGAAAGAUUUCUCUUUUCGGCAUACAUGGGUCAACCCUCUCGUCCUCAUCCUUCUCAUACUCGCCGCUUUUCUCGUCAAACCAACGUCUUCGAAUCCUCUUUACUCUGCUAUCUUCCUCUCCUACCCUCUUCCCCCGGACUCACCACUGAUACCCGCCCACUCCCGCUUCAGCGAUGCACCCACCUACUACGGCAAAGGACGCAAUGACUUUGCCUUUGUCGCCUUCUACAUCAUUGUCCUGUCCUUUACCCGCGAAUUUCUCAUGCAGCGCAUUCUCCGUCCGAUCGCAGUGUACUAUGGCAUCCGGUUACGUGCCAAACAAAACCGCUUCAUGGAGCAAGCUUAUACUGCCGUCUAUUUCGCGGUCUUCGGUCCCUUCGGUCUGUACGUGAUGUCGAGGACACCAGUCUGGUAUUUUAAUACAGAGGGCAUGUAUGAGACGUACCCGCACAAAAGCCAUGAUGCGCUGUUCAAGGCAUACUAUUUGCUACAGGCGAGUUACUGGGCCCAGCAGGCGAUUGUGCUUUGUCUGCAGCUGGAGAAGCCAAGGAAGGACUUCAAGGAGCUGGUGGGACAUCAUAUUGUUACUUUGGUACUAAUCUGGUUGAGCUAUCGCUUUCAUUUCACGUAUAUGGGCUUGGCGGUCUAUAUCACGCAUGAUGUUAGCGAUUUCUUCCUUGCGACAUCCAAAGUCUUCAAUUAUAUCUCAUCCCCCAUCAUAAUCCCAUACUUCGCCUUCUUCAUGUUCGUCUGGACCUACCUCCGCCAUUACAUCAACCUUCGGAUUCUCUACUCUGUUCUCACCACCUUCAAAACCGUCGGUCCCUUCGAUCUCAAUUGGGAGACUCAACAGUACAAAAGCUCGAUAGCACAAUACAUUACAUUCGCCCUACUCGCCAGUUUACAAAGCAUGAACAUCUUUUGGAUGUAUUUCAUUGUGAGGAUUGCUCUGAACAUGUUGCUCCGGAAGGAGGAGGAUGUAAGGGAUGUGAGAAGUGAUGAUGAGGAUGAUGAGGAUGAUGAGGCUGAUGAGGCUGAAGAAGAGGAGAGGAGAUCGGAACAAAGGAGGAUAGAGGAGACAAAGGCGCGGGAAAGGGUGACAGCGAACGGGAGGCCAAAAGAAAUUGAGGAAGAGAAGCAGAAUAGUGAGACUUCGGGGAUGAAGGCUAAUGGGAAGGCAAAGGAAGGGGUGGAAAGAAGUGUUGAUGUGGUGGAAGAGGGGAAGAAGGAGAUAUAG